AUGCUGGACCGGGUGUGCCACUGCGACCUGAAAUGCGGCGGCGUGCUGUCGUCACGCUCGGGCCACGUGCGCAGCCCGCGCCACCCUGCGCCGUACCCGGCGCUCGCCGACUGCCUCUGGCUGCUGGUGGCCCCGGCGGGAGCGCGCCUCACGCUCGCGUUCUCCGCCUUCUCGCUGGAGCCGCACCCGGCGUGCGCGUACGACGCGCUCACGCUCUGGGACGGGCAGCCCGGCACGGCGGGCGCGCUGUGGGGCCGCUACUGCGGGGAACGCGGCCGCAACGGCAGCGAGGAGGCGCCACGGCCACCGGGGGUCAUCCCGCCAGCCGUUCUCAUCUCGUCCGGCCACGUCGUGGGCCUGCAGUUCCACUCGGACAAACACGUGUCGCGUCCGGGAUUCCUCAUCGCCUUCGACACUGAGGACUGCGGGGGGCCUCUGUCGGGACCUUCCGGGAGCUUCGCGAGCCCUGCAUACCCCAGCCACUACCCCAACGGCGCCGACUGCGUCUGGGCGCUUGGCCACUCGGCGGCAUCCGUCACCGGCGCGACGAACUGGACGGAGAUCGGCGCCGCGCGCCCGGAGGAGGCAGCCUUCGCGGCCACGACCACCCUCGCGUUCCGUGACCUGCUGCUGGAGGGGGGCGAGGGCUGUGGCUUCGACUACGUGGCUGUGUACGCAGGCGGCGAGGAAGCCGGCGGUGACGGAGACCUCUGGCAGGCUGCCACUGCUCGUCCCACCGAGCUCCUCGGCCGAUAUUGUGGCGUCCUCAGCGGGACGGAUCUCCCGACGUUCGUGUCGCCUCCUGGGCGUCGCCUGCUCGUGGUGUUCCACUCCGACUACAACAUCGGCGCUCGAGGCUUCUUGGCCGAGUACCACACAGACGAGUGCCAGCGCACGCUGACGGCGCUGCAGGGCGCCGUGCGCAGUCCGCGCUACCCGGGCCCCUACCCCGGCGGGGCGAGCUGCCGCUGGCUGCUGGCCGUGCCGCCGCCCCUCCGCCUCCGCCUCUCCUUCCGCGACUUCCAGCUCGAGGAGAGCGACGAGCGGGGCCACUGUGGCUAUGACCAGGUGGCGCUGUUCGACGGUGAGACGGAGAACGAGAACUCGUCUCUCGGACGCUUCUGCGGCUCGAGGAUGCCACCGGCGACGACGUCGACCUCCAGCAAGCUGCUCGUCACGAUGCACACAGACUCCUCCGAGGCCCUGCGAGGGUUUUCACUCUCCUACACGGCUGUGCUGCCCAUGACGGUGGCCUGCGGCGAGAGCGGCUUCACGGCGACGCUGCCCACGGAGCUGCCGGCCGGGGUCCGCCUCCUGUCCGCCCGCCUCAGGGACCCCGCCUGCUCGUCCGCUCCCUCGGGCGCCACGCUCACGAUCGACGCCAACUACAGCGACUGCCGCACGACGGUGCAGCACCCCUCCGUGGCGGCGGACAAACUGGGCGCCCAGCAAGCCGUGCAGCACAGCAACGUGGUGAGAGUGACCCUGAGCCUGGCGGGCUCCGAGCAGGAGCAGUGGCUUCCCGUACGCUGCCUCGCUCGGCUCCGCGCCCCCGUGGAGCAGCCCCAGACGGCGGCUCCCCGCGGACCCCCAGCGCCCCCGGCCGCCCCCACGCUCGACGGCGUGAGGUCGGACGACACGAGUGGCGUGCUCUUCAUCACCAUCUGCGUGCUGGCGUGCGUGCUCAUGUUCGCCGCUGCCAUCGCCUUCUUUAUCCUGUAGGCCCGCGGUGGGGCACGCGCUGUCUCAGCGCGUGAUAAUUAUAAUUAGACAAAUUCAGAUUUCUGUCCAUUAGUUUACAGUCAGUGGUGAUGUUCGGGGCUGGUGACAUCAGUGGUUGCACAAGGGCGGAAAAUAGAGGGGAGGGGAUGGGGGUAAAGAUGCACUUGAGACCGAUACCCCGCCACCCUGGUGGGAUUCCCAGAGGUUCGCCCUGCAACUGCGUUUCAUCGAUCAAUAGGCCUCUUGGGAUGAGACCGAGACGAAUCAAAAGCUUGGCCCGCUUCGGGUAAUACUGCUGGGAAAACAACAAAAUCACUUGUCUGUGAGACACGCAAAACGUUGGACAUCGCGCCGAACUACUCGUGGGUUCGAUUCGAAACCAGACAGGAGAGUUGUGCAGCACAGCCGCGAAUAACCUCUAGGCCAGUGGUUCUUGACCCGGGGUGGCACGCUGCACCCACUGUGGGUGCAGCGAGAUGCCCUUUCUGGGGGUGCGAGACGUGGCCAGGUUUUUAUUUAGAAGGUAAAUCACCAAAACACAAAUUAAGCACGGCACGUAAGUACACAACUAGUUUGUUUCAUCAAACUCUUAUGUAUUUACUCUUUGAUUUUUUCGGUAAAGUCACGUAGAAAGAAAAAUAAAAUAAAUAAUAGCAAGCGACGUUUCGAUUGCAACACCUGAUGAUGAUUGCUGAUAAGGCUGCAGUGAAGGUUAAGAAUCACUGACCUACCCAGCGCCGCUUUGUCUAUUAAGCCCAGAGGCUGAUUAGCUACAAUAUUGUAUAUUUGAAAUAAAAAUGACAUCAAAUGAAUGAACAUUAACGAAGUCUUAAACUCAAUGUCGGUACGGUUAGUCAUAAUUCGAAGUUUUUGUGUUGUUGUUUAGUCACCGCUGUAGCGUCUUCAACAAAAAAUAAACAUCGCCCGGCAGGUGGCAACGUCACGGAAUAAAACAAAAGGAGUAGUCCGUGUGAAGUGGAAAAACUUUGUUUUGGUAGGAGAAAUUAAUAAAAUAAAGCCGCAGUGUUUGCGUGCCGUGUGUGAGAAAAACAUCGACACGCGGACAAUGGAGAGAGAGCCCUGCCCGCUCCGUCACGAGCCGUGAGCUCCACGAGUGGCUGUCGCAAGAGGGAUGUUUGUGUUGUUGUCGUUUUAUUGAUUUUCUUCAAAAGCACCGCAUCGCCAUGGAGUUUUCUUUCUCGUCGAAACUUGUUACUUCAAAUGAGGACAGAAAAAGUGCGAGGGGGCGACUUGAACCCCGGGGGUUUGUGUGUGCGGCUAACCGGGUGACCUACUGCGAUCUUCUCUCAUAUGUGAUGUUUGCAAUUGCCGGCGAAACGUCAGAGUACUCGAAUAGUAAAUGUUGUCGUGCCUUGUUGCAGUGACAAAUUGGCCACAUUCUGUUUACGUGACAAACCUCACUAAUUGGCUGUGUCGGGUGGUGGCGGGUUUUAACGACGCAUUUAUAUUUACACGAUCUCACCCAAACACGCCUGCUCUAG